UCUGUGAGUGCGUUUUGAGUAACGAAACGAAUUGAAUAACGAAAAUUACAAGAUUAUAAGAAGAAAAACGUGAAAAGUGAAUCAGCAGAGAACAAUCAACGAAGAGGAACAAGGGAUACAACAACAAAAACAACCACACAUCAAGUCCAAGUCCAAGCCCAAGUUAGGGCAACGGACUUGAAAGGAUUCGCCAUACCAUUGGCAGCUGGAAUUGUAUCUUGUAUACACACAGCAUACAUACAAAACCGAUACAGUAAAAGAGGAUCCCUCUGCUUUUCCCCUCACCCCUUAUACCGAUCUUUAUACUCCAUCUUCAUCCAUGAGGCAGCAGCAACCCAGAAGACAGUGAACCGCAAAAGAUACAUGCCAUGUUCCCACUAACCAACCGCUCUUCGAGUGGCAAAAGCAACAACGACAAAAAUACCAAAACCAACAUUAACAACAACAACAACAGCAACAGCAGCAACAACAACAACAACAAUAUUGGCACUAGCACUAAGGAUCAAGUGAAUUUACAAAAUAAUAAUUGGAGCUGCAAUAAAACAACCGGUCGUCGUGCUGGAAGUGGGUAUAGCUACAGUUUUUUAGAUCUUCAGUCGAUUCGUCGUCUUUUGGAACACGAUGCCGGCAGCAGCGGCAUUGGCAGCAGCAGCAGUAGCAACAACAACAGCAGCAACAGCAGCACAGGCAGCAGCAGCAGCGGCUCAGUCUGCCCCUCAUGCCGCAUCUCCUUCGAUAAGGGCAAACGACGGAAACUGAUCGACACCUGCGGCCACGAGCGUUGCUAUUCCUGUAUGUUCCGCAACGAUCAGUGUCCCAUGUGCAUGAACAGCUCGCUGAAAGUUGUUUUCUUUCCCCGAGAUGUUGAUGGCGCCAAUGCUCAGGGCUAUGAUACGGGAAUCGGUGGUUCGACAUCAACCAUAGUGAGUCCAUUGGGUUCACCACAGCCGCAACUUAGAUCUCAUGCACAGAGGAAUGCGGCAUUGGCGCGCUAUAUGCAGCAACAUCGCCAGGAGUCGCAGUCACCGGAGUACCAUCGCUAUGCGAGCAUAGGCAAAUUGCCACGGGCCACAGCUGCAACGGGCGCAACAACAACAACAACAGGAACACCAACAGCAAUAUCCGCAGCAGCAGCAGCAACAUCGACAACAUUGUCUAAUAAUGGCAACGGUCAUAUACAAACCGUCACUGUCGAUGUACACCAACAACAUCCGCAUCAUCAUCAUCAUCAUCCUCAUCAUCUUUAUUCCCAGCAGCUGCAGCAGCAGCAGCAGCAGCAACAUGGUCAUCUUGGUGCAGGAGGCAAGCAGCAAAUUAUCAUUCAUAGCAGCAGCAAUAACAACAUUAGCAGCAGCAGCAGCAACAACAAUAACAACUUGCCAUAUAACGACUUGGCACCGCCAGCCUUUGCCACACCACCAACGCGUAGGCGUUUCUUUAAUCACAAAAAUCUGCGCAGCGCCCUGACCGGACAUCGACGCACAGCCUCCAAUGGAGGUUGUCCCAUUGACACAGCAUCGAUACUAUCGGGAGAUAACCAACACGAACAUCAUCAGCAUGAGCAUAACCAUCAUCAUCAUCAUGAGCACCAUCGUGAUCAUCAGGCAAAGGAGACAAAUGCUUUGAACACUUCAACAUGCUCGGAUUCGGCGGUCACUCGUCGUCGUCGCAAGAAUGUCAGUAAUAAUAAUUUGAAAACCUCGGCGGAACAUGGAGCCAGUAGCGAGAAUCGCUUAAACCGUCUAAGCUUGGCCGGCACAUCGGUCUAUGCGGGUCAUUUGUCAUCCUUGGUCUUUGGCAAAAUUAAAUCGCUGUGGAGCGUCAAUUCAUCAAACUCCAGCGAAAUGGGACUCAAUCAAUUAGCAGGUAGCGAUGUGCUUGAUCAUCAUUCCUCGUUGCUGCUAAGCGAGAAGCAGCAAAAGGAUCAGCUACAUGCUAGAUUGGGGCUGCUCUUGAAUGACAAUUGCAACAAUGGCAACAAUUCCAGCAGCAGUGAUCCUUCGGCGCAUUCGACCAGCACGACCAGCAGCAGCGGCGUUGGCGGCGGUGGCAGCGGCGGUUGUGGCACCACCAGCAGCACCACGACAAGCAGCUCCUCCCAGAACAUCAGCCCUGAACAGACUCUGGCCAGCGGCGGCUUACUCAGUGGCAGUCAAUUGUCGGUGGCCACCACCCAUGCCAAGGAUGAUGUCCUGAGUUUAUCCAGUAAAUUCAAAAUGGGUUGCGCCAUGCAAGAUCAUCACGUGUACGAGCCGGGCAAAUCCCGUAAGCCGGCUACUCGUCGUUCAGCCAGAUCAGCCCAACAGACUGGUCCAUCGGCUGGGGGCAGAGCGGCAGCAGCUGCUCACGCAGCCGUUCAGCUGGCUCUGAAACCCUUGUUCUUUGAGGUGCCGCUGCAGGAACCCGACCCACCGUAUGUGGGACGCCAGUGGCUGGUGCAGCAACUUUCCAACAUUCUCCUGGGCACUGAGACACGCGUGGUGCUUAUCAACGGACAGCCGGGCACGGGGAAGACUGCCUUUUGCCUGCAGCUGGUGGAUUACUCUUGCUUUGGCCGACGACGACGACAGAUGCCCGAAGAUCCGGAUGGCAUUUACAGUCAACUGCAAUUACAGCUGGGCAACAAUGAACGCAUGCGGGGAUUGGCCUCCCACAUGGUGGGCUAUCACUUCUGUCAGGCGGAUGCCAAUCUAACCUGCCAGGUGCCAGAUUUCGUUCACUCCCUGGCCGCCCAGUUGUGUCAGGCACCGCAAUUGACUGCCUAUCGGGAUUACUUACUGUCCGAACAGCAUUUACAGGAUAUAUUGAGUGUGCGCGAAUGCAUUGCGGAUGCCGAGCGAGUGAUGCGUUUGGCCAUCUUGGAGCCCUUGGCUCAAUUGCAUCGCGGCGGCAAGAUACCAGCCAAGGUGGCUGUUAUCCUGGUAGAUGCUCUCUGCGAGGCGGAAUACCAUAGGCCCGAUCAUGGUCAUACCAUAGCAAGUUUUCUGGCCAAAAUGACGCCACAUUUUCCGACAUGGCUCAAGCUGGUGGCCACUGUGCGUACCCAAAUGCUGGAGCUGGUCAAGGCGCCGAGUUACACGCAAUUAACCCUGGAUAGCUGGGCCAGCAGUCAGUCCCUGCAGCAGGAUAUGCUGGACUAUAUCAGUGCUCGUCUCUCCCACAGUCCGGAGAUCCAGAAUAAUAUUGUCGGCGGCAAUGGCAUGGGUAAUGGUGGCAGCCUGGGCCUUGGCUCCCAGUCUCAGCCAACCAAAUUUGUCUCACAUUUGCAAUCAUUGAGUCGCGGCUCAAUGCUGUAUGCCAAGUUGAUAUUGGAUCUAAUUGCACGUGGUCAAUUGGUUAUCAAGUCCUCGAGCUACAAAGUUUUGCCCGUCUCCCUGGCCCAGAUAUUUUUGUUGCACUUCAAUUUACGUUUUCCGACUGCACGGAGUUUCGAGCAGGCGGCUCCCAUACUCAAUAUCUGCCUAGCUGCCCUCUAUCCAUUGACGCUGGACGAGAUCUACUACAGCAUAGAGGCUCUCACCCACGGCCAGGAGCCGCUGAGUUGGCCCGAGUUUAUGCAACGUUUUAAGCUCUUGGAUGGCUUCCUGAUCAAACGAUUGGACAACACAUACAUGUUCUUUCACAGCUCCCUAAGGGAAUGGCUGAUGCGCAGGGAUGAGGGCGAAUCCACGAAAUUUAUGUGCGAUGCCCGUUUGGGUCAUGCAGCCAUAGCGUUUCGUAUGUCCCGCCUGCAGGCUCCAUUGCAGCCCCAACUGACCCUGGAAUUGGGUCAUCACAUGCUCAAGGCUCAUCUUUAUGGAAGCGCCAGUCAAGCGAUACUCUCACCCCGGGAUUUACAAUCAUAUUGGCUGGCUGGGGCAGCGGAUAACAUUUCAGCUGCUUUGGGUUCCCUACGCAAUGUCUACAGUCCCAAUCUGAAGGUGUCGCGCCUCGUCUUGUUGGCUGGAGCGUCGCCAAAUCAUCGCACCGACUACAUGGGCGGUGCUCCCAUUCUAUGCAUAGCAGCACAUGAGGGAAUUUUGCCUAUGGUCAGUCUUUUACUGGAAUUCGGUGCGGAUGUUGGACUAACCAAUAGCCAAGGCUGUUCACCACUUGUCCUGGCCGCCAUGCGUGGCCAUUGUGAUGUAGUGCGUCCCCUGGUGGCUGCCGGCAGUAGCCUUGGUCAAUUGGAUAUCACGCAACGUUGUGCGUUGGUUCAUGCCGCCCGCAUGGGUCAUUUGAGUGUGGUCAAGUAUCUGUUGGCCUGUGAUUGGACGCCACGUCCCAAUUCGCAGGAUGUGUCACGGUCUGUCGCCUUGCAACAGGCUCUGAUAGGUGCCGCCGCCCAGGCCCAUGUUAAGAUACUGGAAGAUCUCUUGGAUCUGAAUGAGAACGAAUACGAUCUGGAUAUAAAUGGCCUGGAGCCGAGCAGCGGGGAAUUGGCCCUUACAGCAGCCGGACGACAUGGCUGUGUGGAUGUCAUAAAUAUCCUUUUGUCCCGUGGAGCACAGAUCAAUGCCAGGAAUCGUCAGGGUUUCACAGCCUUGUGGCUGGCCGUUAAGGAGGGACACUUGAGUGUUGUGGAACAAUUGCUGCAGCGGGGAGCCCUUCUGGACGAGCAUUUGGGCGAGAAUCGUAAGACGCCACUCAUGAUUGCCGCCGAGGAGGGUCAUCUGGAACUGUUGGAAUUACUGCUGGCACGCGGCUCUAACUUGGAGGCCCAGGAUCACGAGGGAUUCACUGCCCUGAGCUGGGCUUGCCUGCGCGGGCAUUUGGCUGCCGCGAAAUGCCUCAUUGAGCAGGGCUGUAAUCGCCAUCACGAAGAUCAUAAUGGACGAACGGCUCUGGAUUUGGCUGCCUAUCAGGGUGCGUCCAGCAUGGUGCUCUAUAUACUCGAACAGGGUGGCAAUCUAGAGCACAUUGAUGUGCAUGGCAUGCGUCCAUUGGAUCGUGCCAUUGCCUGCCGCAAUAUCCAAGCUGUGCAGGUUUUCCUGCGCAAGGGGGCCAAACUGGGACCCACUACAUGGAGCAUGGCCAUGGGCAAACCGGAGAUUUUGGUGGUUCUACUCAAUAAACUGCUGGAAGAUGGCAAUGUAUUGUAUCGCAAGAAUCGAUUUCAGGAUGCCGCUCAUCGUUAUCAGUAUGCUUUGCGUAAGAUCUCCGGCCUUGAGCAGCUGCUGGAGAGGAAUGCCGUAUUUGCCCAGUUGCGUACGAAUCUUUUGCUGAAUCUGUCACGCUGCAAGCGAAAAUUGAAUGAACUUGAUGCUUCUAUAGAUUUGGCCACGCAAGCCAUUCUCCAGAAACCCAACAGCUAUGAGGGCUACUAUGCCCGGGCCAAGGCGCGCAUGGAGCUGGGCUCCUUGAACGAGGCCCUUGUGGAUGCCAACGAGGCCAUGCAACAGGCUGCCCAAAGCGGUGUUCUCUGCGAGGUGGUCGAGGUCCUUAAACGCAUCCAAGCGGAGCUGCUAACCCGCAUCUCAUCCAGUGAGGAUCACAAUCUGAAUGCCGGUGCCGUCUAUGAAUCUCAUCAGGAGAUCACCGAUUUGUAA